ACCGCUGAUCUAUCACUAACUGCUGACCAAUACCCCCCUGCCCGCUCUUCCCCCUUCACUGCUCGUCAACACGCCAUCUCUUUCUCUACACUUUCUUCAUUUCCUCCUUGCCUCGCCACCAUCGCCAUCGCCAUCACCAUCAUUACCCUUUGCGUAUUUAACCCUUAUCGCCGGUAUCACGGUUCGUCAAUCAUCUACCGAAAACCAAAUGGUAUAUCGUACCAAAAUAACAAAUAGGGAACCAACCGGGUUCGAGAACGCCAGUCAUCCAUUACUCGGUUCCACUUCGUUUGAGGAAGUGGACGUCCAGACUCACUCUCACGCCUCCGCCCCAUCUUCCUCUACCAUGCCCUCUUCUACCUCAUCCACGUCCACAUCCACAUCUGCGUCGGGUUCGACAUCGUUGUCGACUUCCCAUUCACAGUGCCUAGAUUAUACUCCCCCUGGAUCAUCAUCUGGAUCGUCGACGAGCGAGCCGCUGUCACCUUUUACGCCUAUUGGGCCUGGCUGUGGGGACGGGAGCGCCAUCUCGUUUGCAGCGUACACUGAUUCACCCACUCUGAUGUCGAUAGGGAUGAUGGGCUCGGGUGUAGGUAUGGACGUCAUGCUUGACGCCAGUUUGGGAGUCGACAUGCCGUUGUUGUGUGAAGGGAUUGGAGAUACCUUUGGGACGUAUGAAGCUUUUGGAGGAGGGAUGAACCAAAGUUGUGUGAAAGCGUGUGAAGAUGAUGUCGAGAUGGGAUCGGGCGAAGGGACGGGUUCGUCCAUUGAUGAACUUGUACUGGGUUCUGAGGUGAUCCAGUCCUUGAGUGGUGUGGCGGGGGUGGACGCAAUGGCGGAAAGGAACACUAGUUCGUUCUACGCAUCCAUCGCCGAAUUGACGAUGACCGCGGGGACAAACUCAGCGGCCACUAACACGACGAUGAUGACGACGAGCGGGAACGUGAACACGGCACCUGCGGGAGAUUCGAGGCCUACUUCGUCCCAAUCUGCAAUUUCGUCGUCUUGGUCAGGUUCUUCGCCUUCGCCUUCGCCGUCGGCUGCAUCCCACUCAUCACCCGCUUACCCCGGGAAGGCCCCUGUACCCCCUGGAGUUUCCCUCCCGAACCGAUCUCCUGACGCUUCGACCACCACUUCAGCAUCUCCGACCCAUCUCAAUUCGCUGGCCAUCCGGGUUCGUACUAUCAGCCUCAAGUUCAUACUGUGGAGGUCAAAGGACAAUUCGCGAUACCAUCUCCAUCUCAUCUUCAUAAUCCGCAUUACCAUCCUUACUUUCAACCUCAACUUGAUUCUCGGCCUCCUCCAAGCGAGUCUCUGAACUUUCCAGAGACAGGGAUGACGUUGAAUGAUGCGAAUUUCGAUUUCGAAAGACAGCACAAAAUGAGAGAGGAGAGACGACUGGCAUGGUGUCAAGUUGAUAUGGCUCGAUUAGGCCACACGACGUACUC